AUGAUGGGAGUAUCGACACUGUGCAUACCAUGGGGGUUGUAUCAGGCUGGAUUCGGCUUCGGUUUAUUACUAUUGGUGGCAGUUGGAAUGAUUACAUCUUAUACAGCUUAUUUAGUAACUUCGAGCAAAAACAAGUUAGGUCUGGAAAAACCGAUGCUGUAUGAUUUUCCGGACAUCUGUCGUUCAUUGUACGGUCGACCCGGUGAAAUACUAGCAGUCUCAUUUUCAAUUUUUGUCUUCAUUGGCGCUGUUCUGGCCUAUUGGGUGGUGAUGUCAAAUUUCUUCUAUUUCACCGGAAUACUUUUCUAUGUCAUUAUGACAAUUUACGACAUUGUAAAAAUAAGCGAUGAAUGUGGUUUCUUAUACAACACAUCUGGUGUUCUUAGCGACUCUACGUGA